AUGUCUCAUCACCCUGAUGUCCCUACCUCUGAGGAGCUGCAAGAGUACUACGAAGGCGUCCAAGCUCCCUGGCCCAACUCCCAAACCUCCCCAUUCAUGGCCGUCAACCACCCUUACUGUACAGAGCCUCUAGUCCCACCCAGCGUCUUAACCCCAAUCAGUCUCCCAGACAGCUCAUUCCGUCCCAGCCCAGCCCUCAGUCACCACGCCCACGACUAUCGCCAAGACUACCAAUACACCCUCAACGACCCCAUCUCCGCCCCGCAAGGCCUCGGCAUCUCCGCCCCCUUCCCAAGCAACUUCCCCCAAACCUCCGCCCCAAAUGCCGCCUACAUGUACGCGCCAGCGCCAACGGAUCUCCCCCAUUCCAUGAUCCAAACCCCGGCCCAGUCUCCGUCGGCUCCGCCCCCAUCCAAGCGCGUCAGACGCACCUCACACACACCCUCGCGCGACCAGCAAUGUUUUAACCCAAUCAACAUCGCGCCUAACCCUGAAGGCAUCAUGCGCAUGGAACACGACCGCCGUGUUUCCCAGAUUUCUCAGCCUUCCCAGCCUUCUCCGCCUGUUUAUACCCGGCCGCGGGCUCCGGGACGGGGACGCAGGGAUCCUGAGGCGGAGACGGAAGAUGCGUUUGUGGAGGAGUUGCGGAUGGAGCGGGUAUCGUGGAAAAAUGUGCGUGCGGAGUUUAUUAAGAGGUUCCAGAAAGAUGCGUCUGAGGCCCGGCUGCAGAUGCGGUUUCUGCGUAGGAAGAGGGAGCGGAUGGCGCGUUGGGAAGAUUCAGAUGUCGAACUUCUGAUCCACGCUGUUGGUAUUUGGGAGAGAGAUAAGUUUCAGUUUCUUUCCGAUAAGAUCAAAGAACUUGGAGCUACGAGGCUGUACUCGGCGGAUCAAUGCAGGACACAGCUUCGACUGCUAGAGGAGAAAGAACAACAGCGUUCGGUUGGAUCACCGUCUGCUAUGUCAGAUCCUGCUCCUACUACACCGAUUGUCUCUCGAAAACGAGCUAGGGCUCAGUCCUUGGAGCUGGAGUGUCACAACGAGGAAGACUUCUAG